AUGGAUAAGGAUAUUGAGGAAUAUGUCCAGAGCUGUUACAGCUGCCAGAGGAAUAAGACCUCAAGACACAAUGAGUUUGUGGACCGCUUUUCGAAGAUGGCACACUACAUCUCUUUUCCUAAACUCAAUAAAACGGAAGAUUUGGUUAAGUUAUUCUUGAAAGAAUCUCUCAUGGGCCUCCUCAAUGUGAAGCUGAAGAUGUCCAAAUCUUUCCACCCUCAAAUGGACGAACUCUUGCCUUUGGCAGAGUAUGCAUAUAACUCGGCGGUCUCUGAGUCUACCAAAGUAUCGGCUCCUUAUGCCAACUAUGGUUAUGAACCCAGAAACAACUGGCCAGCCCCAAAGGAAGGAGUAGAAUGGAACAAUCCAGCGAGUGAGGUCAUGAUAUCUCAAUGGGAAUCUAUCUGGCAGGCUAUGAACGCCACCUUGGGUAAAGCUAAAUUAAGGAUGGCCCAGUGGUAUGAUGCUCAUGCCCAGGCACCACCUGAAAUCAAGCCCAAAGAUGAAGUCUUAGAAGCUAUUGGUACCCAUGCCUACAAGCUCUCUCUUCCCCCUCAAAUGGAAAUCCACCAGGUCUUUCAUGUCUCUCUCUUAGAGCUCUACAGAGCACCGCUAUAUCCUGAGAGAAGAGUUCUACCUCUGGAACCUGAAGAGAUUGAAGGAGAACAGAACUGGGUUGUCCGAGAAGUAGCUGAUAGCCAGGUCAAUAAGAAAAAGAGACGAGUGGAAAAGCUAGUACUCUGGGAAGAUUAUGAGAACCAGGAUGCUAUAUGGGAACUUUGGGAGCAUCUCAAGCAGAGUGCUGAAGAUGCCAUUCAGGAUUUCAACAUGAGGUAUCCUAAGAAACUCAAGGACAAGCAGAUUGUUGGGGUGUAG